AUGGAGCUGAAAGACAGCGAGCGCGCCGAGCAGAUUGCUGCUUUGUUCAACAGAGCACUGUGGACCUCGUCGCCUAAUACGGCUGUCGAGUAUGGUAAACUGACAGCGAGCUGUUCUAUUGAACAUUUAAGGGCGACAGGAGACCCCGUAACGCUCUUCGAGUUUUUCUCCAGAACUGCGGCGAAGCGGAUUGCGGACACGUUGUUGGAUGUCCCCCACUCCGAUGAGGUUUACAUGGUUAUGUUCGCUAACAUUUUCACAUCAGACGUUUGGGAGGCUGUUCUUCCUGAAGCUAUGAAGAACAGCCCCAAAUUGCCACUUCCUGAAGAGGGGAAUCUUGCGGCAAGGUUGUGCAAGGGCCUGAUGGAACGAAUGUCCGACUUGAGCCCCGAAAUGAAGAAGCGGAACGAGGACUUCUUGGAGGCAUCUUUAGCAGAGGCGACAGUAAAGCGUCCAGAAGAAGCGCCGACAAAUGUUGUGUGA